CUUAAUUAAUACCCCAUGAAACAUCCUUGAUUCUCCAACGAGAGUAUAUAUUCUUCCGCUGUAAAUUGUUUGUCAAGCACAAGUUCAGAAGGCAUAUACGGCGAAUGGGACGUGUCAGGAUGGCGAGUGCGGCGGCGGCGGCGGCGGCGCUGGUGGUGGUGGUGCUCGCCGUGGUGGUGUCGCCGGCGAGCGGGCAGGUGGCGACGUCGUGCACGGCGUCGCUGAUAACGACGUUCACGCCGUGCCUCAACUUCGUGACGGGGAGCACCAACGGCGGCGGGUCGCCGACGCAGCAGUGCUGCGGGUCGCUGGCGGAGAUGGUGCGCAGCAGCGCCGACUGCGCCUGCCUCAUCCUCACCGGCAACGUGCCCUUCAGCCUCCCCAUCAACCGCAACCUCGCCAUCUCCCUCACCAAGCUCUGCAACUCCAUGUCCGUCCCACUGCAGUGCAGAGAUACUGCAAGCCAAAUCCCACCUCCAGGACCUGUUGCAUUUGCUCCGGCACUGCCUCCUUUGCCACCAUCGCCGCCGGAAACGUCAGUGCAGCCGAAUUCGGCCGUUGAUCCCACGGCGAUGUCGCCGUCGCCGCCGAUCAUCCAGGGGCAGAGGCCACUGUUGCUGCCAAGCUCCGCGUGGAGGAGAGCUCAUGUGUCCAUGGCGUCUGUAUCAGUAGUGCUACUGAUAGCUGCAUCCGUUUUGGCUUGAUUAGGAUGAAUUGAACUGGGAUUGUUUUAGCACAGGAAUUUGAGGCGUGUUCAGUGUAUUGCACAUAUUUAUUUAGCCUUUGGAAUUGCACAGGAUUCUUGUAAGAAAAUUUUGAGGGCUUUGAGUUGAUUGUGUAAUAUAAUCAUUCCUUGUGGAUUAAAAAAAUGUUGGUAUAAAUUUGUCUA